AUGCCAAUCCCGACCGUGCGCCUCCCCUCCGGCCUCGAGCUGCCCCGCCUCGCCUUCGGCACGGGCACCGCACUCUACAACUCGGACGCGGCCUCGCAAGUCACCAUGGCGCUCAACGCUGGAUUCCGCUUCAUCGACGGCGCCGAAGUGUACGCCAACGAAGCGUCGAUGGGCAACGGAAUCGAGUCGUUCCUCAAAUCAUCCGGCCUCAAGCGCAACGACAUCUACGUGCUCACCAAAGUGGGCAAGGAUGGAAUGAAGGAUCUUCAGUCGGCAGUCAAGGUGGAAUUGCAAAAACUCAAGGUGGAUCAGUUGGAUUCGUACCUGCUGCAUCUACCUCCUCGUGGCAAGGAUGGCUUGCCUAGCAACGUGGAUGCGUGGAAGGAGCUGGAGAAGAUCAAGCAGGCAGGGCUCACCAAGAGCAUCGGUGUCAGCAACUGGCUGGCUAGCGAUAUUCAGCAGCUGCUCGAUGCUGGCUUGAGCGUGCCUGACAUUAACCAGAUCGAAUUCCACCCAUACAUCUACUCGCACGACGAGUACAAGAAGCUGCUCGCGCUGCAAAAGAAGCACGGCAUCGUCACCAUGACCUACUCGGCCCUCGCACCCUUCUACAAGUCCGCACUUCCCGAAGACGGCCCUCUGAACAAGGCUCUCACCUCGAUUGCAGGCAAGAACGACAAGCGCACCAUCGCCAACGUACUCCUCCGAUGGGCUCUGCAGCGUUCCGAGGGAAUCAUCACUACUACCACCAGCAAGGAGUCGCGUGCCAAGGAGUACCUCGACCAGUUGGACUCGAGCAACGACGGUCAGCUCGAGCUGAGCGAGGACGAGCUGAAGCAGAUUGAUCGGGCUGGUGAGGAGCAUGGCGUGGAGAAGUUUUACAUGGCUCCCUUCCUCAAACCUUGA